GAUUGCCCACAAAACAAUGUUUCGUCUGUGCGUCUCGAAUUUCUCUCUGUUUUGUCGCCGCUCAAUCGCCGUGUCGGCGGAGCGUCGCUACAAGGACCCCAUCUAUGAGAUCUUCCUGGCGAAGGUCAAGGAGUACCGCGAGAAGAGCCCCACCGGCAAGCCGCUCGAUGCGGGCCCCGAGUUCGAGAAGGAGCUGAACGAGACCCUGGAGAAGUUGGCCCUCAAAUACGGCGGCGGCGAGGGCGUCGAUAUGCUGGAGUUUCCCAAGUUCAAGGAGCCCGAGGUAACCCUGGAUCCGCUCUCCAUUUUUGUCAAGCCGGACGGGGAGACCCAAAAGAUGGAGGAUUCGAAGCAGAAGCCAGAGGAAAUGAAGGCUGCAGCUCAAGAGGGCCAGAAGACCAAGGAUCAGGAGGAAACCAAGGAGCCAAAGGCCAAGGCAAAGGACAGCAAGGACACCAAGGCCCCACCAAAGGACACCAAGGCCCCACCAAAGGACACCAAGGACACCAAGUCCCAAGAUGACAAGAAAAAGAAGUAA